AUGUCUGUUCGGUACAGCUCCAGCAAGCAGUACUCUUCCUCCCGCAGUGGAGGAGGAGGAGGUGGUGGAGGAUCAUCCCUCAGAAUUUCCAGCACCAAAAGCUCCCAUGGUGGAGGGUUUAGCUCAGGGGGGUUCAGCGGUGGCUCCUUUAGCCGUGGGAGCUCUGGAGGAGGUUGCUUUGGGGGUUCAUCGGGUGGCUAUGGAGGUCUUGGAGGUGGCAGCUUUGGUGGGGGCUACGGAGGAGGCAGCUUCGGUGGGGGCUAUGGAGGAGGCAGUUUCGGGGGUGGCAGCUUUGGUGGAGGCAGCUACGGUGGAGGCAGCUACGGUGGAGGCGGCUUCGGCGGAGGCGGCUUCGGAGGAGGCUUUGGCGGUGGAUAUGGAGGAGAUGGUGGCGGCCUUCUCUCCGGAAAUGAAAAAGUAACCAUGCAGAACCUGAACGACCGUCUGGCUUCCUAUAUGGACAAGGUCCGGGCUCUGGAGGAGUCGAACUACGAGCUGGAAGGAAAAAUCAAAGAAUGGUAUGAAAAGCAUGGCAACUCAAGCCAGCGUGAGCCCCGGGACUACAGCAAAUACUACCAAACCAUCGAAGACCUUAAGAACCAGAUCCUCACCCUGACCACUGACAAUGCCAAUGUCCUGCUGCAGAUCGACAAUGCCAGGCUGGCAGCUGACGACUUCAGGCUGAAAUAUGAGAAUGAAGUAGCCCUGCGCCAGAGUGUGGAAGCCGACAUCAAUGGCCUCCGCAGGGUCCUGGAUGAGCUGACCCUUAGCAAGGCUGACCUAGAGAUGCAGAUUGAGAGUGUGAGAGAAGAGCUGGCCUACCUGAAGAAGAACCAUGAAGAGGAAAUGAGAGACCUUCAAAACGUGACCACUGGUGACGUGAACGUGGAAAUGAAUGCGGCUCCAGGAGUUGACCUGACUCAAAUGUUGGACAACAUGAGAAGCCAAUACGAACAGCUUGCAGAAAAGAAUCGCAAGGACGUGGAAGCCUGGUUCAAUGAGAAGAGCAAGGAACUCACCACAGAAAUUGACAGCAACAUUGAACAAAUGUCCAGCCACAAGAGUGAAAUUACUGAAUUGAGGCGCACUGUUCAGGGUCUCGAGAUCGAGCUGCAGUCCCAACUGGCCCUGAAACAAUCGCUGGAAGCCUCCCUGGCAGAAACAGAAGGUCGCUACUGCGUGCAGCUCUCCCAGAUCCAAGGCCAGAUCUCCGCCCUGGAGGAACAGCUGCAGCAGAUUCGGGCUGAGACCGAGUGCCAGAACGCCGAGUACCAACAACUCCUGGACAUUAAGACCAGACUGGAGAACGAGAUCCAAACCUACCGCAGCCUGCUCGAAGGAGAGGGAAGUUCCGGAGGCGGAUCCUACGGCGGCGGGCGCGGCGGCGGCAGCCACGGCGGAAGUUACGGCGGCGGAAGCUCCGGUGGCGGCGGCAGCUACGGCGGCGGAAGUUCCAGCGGCGGCGGCAGCCACGGAGGCAGUUCCGGUGGCGGCUACGGUGGCGGAAGUUCCAGCGGCGGUGGUCACGGCGGCAGUUCCGGCGGUGGCUACGGCGGCGGAAGUUCCAGCGGCGGCCAGAGCGGAAGCGGAGGGUUCAAGUCUUCUUCUUCCGGGUCCGGUGGCGACCAAUCGUCUAAAGGACCAAGGUCAGCAGAAACUAACUGGGAUACUAACAAAACCAGAGUGAUCAAGACGAUUAUUGAGGAGGUGACACCUGAUGGUAGAGUCCUUUCGUCUAUGAUUGAAUCAGAAACCAAGAAACACUUCUAUUAAGCUGCAUAAAGAAGAGUCUCUUUGCACAGGCCACUGCACAGACGUGUGGGAAAAUGUCCAAGAAAACACUUCUGUCUUAGUGGUCUAUGGAAAUAGGUUUCCUCCUUGAAAAUAAGGGUUUAAAAGGUGUUUUGUGGUUUCUGUGUUUCUUCUUUUCAUUUAUCAGAAAGUGUCCUUUUAUGGAGAAAAAAAAGAAGACAACUUUCUCAUUUACUAAUGAAUUUCUCAUUUACUAAUGAAUUUCAAUAAACUUUCUUACUGAUGCAAAUGA